AUGGGUUGUGCUUCACAAGAACAACACCAAUAUCAAUUGACCGUUUCUGAACAACUCCCAUCGCCGCAACUCGGUCUGUCCGAUGAGUUCGCUACUGACGCCAUCGACAAGAAUGUAUGUUCUCAGCCUGGCAAUGCUUAUGCGGUGUCGCAAAGCUCCAAUCACAAUCCCGACAAUGUGCCAGAAGACAGUGUCCCAUUAGAGAUACUCGAAGUCUCUCAGGACCCCGCGAGCGGAAUUGGCGACAUUGACUCAUGGGCGUGGGUACACGAAAGCAUAUACUUGCAACCAGAUGAUUUCUUGCCUCUCGCAGCGGCACACGAGACGAGGUACAGCGUUGCCGCAGAAGCCUGCGGGCCGCUGUUUUCGGAUCAUGGUGUACCCAUCGAGCAACAUGGCCUCGCUAGCAACGUGCCUCACGUAUCAGUGUGGCGUGGCUCAGUCCAAAGGUCGCCUCACCCUACACAUCCACCAGAAGCCUCUCUUGCAUUGCAGCGCAAUAUCGUCAUCGAAGACCUCACCUCAUACGCCGUUGCUGGCUUCUCAAACCCCUUCACUAGUAAUCGACAUGGAGAACAUUGGUCCUCUAAAUCGACCAUGAUCUGUGAAAGCUUCAACAUUGACCUAUCGCCUCAACAAACAGCAAUGGAGCAUUUUAUGGAUCUCUAUCUGGUGCAUUUCUGGCCCUUGUGGCCUGUCUUAGCCAAGCAGGAAUUGGAUAUUGACACUUUACAUCCUCUUCUAUGCCUAGUCCUGGUGUCGAUCGGAGCAAUGUAUGGGGGAUCAGGAAGUGUGACCUUCGGCAGCAUGAUGCACAGUAAGACCCGCACAUAUCUCACUAUGGGGUUCGAGCUGGACCAUGAUGACGAAGAUUUCACCUGGCUUGCGCAAGCUCGUCUUUACACUCAAGUUGCUGCACUUUACUUUGGCCAGGCAAAGGCCUUCACUUACGCUCAGCAUCUUGGCGCACUUCUGAUAGCACAGGCUAGAAGAAUGGGUCUGUAUUCUGCAGAUCUCUACGAACGCGCUCAUCAGAGCUUCGAGUUGCUCAGAUCAACCCAACGCAGUCACGAGCGUCUGGCAAUCUGGUUACAGCUGGAAGGGCGAAGAAGACUUGCCUUCGGCGUUUUCCGAGCCGACACGUACACUAGUGUCCUGCUAGAUACGCCGCCACUCCUCUCGAUGGAAGAACUCGACUUGCUCAUGAGCUACUUCAGUUUGGUCUCCAAAGCCCCCUUGGGCGUUACCGAUACGGACACACUCCACUACCACAUUUGA